AUGGGUGCUUACUCUAGAACCUUCUCCUUGAAUGCUAUUGCCGCCUUAAUCUUGAAAUUCCCCUUGUUCGCUUAUCUUGUUGGCUUUUUUGAAGACUUUGUAAUCUCAACUAUUAAAACAGGGCCAGUGCCACGGCAUGUUGCAAUGAUCAUGGAUGGCAAUAGAACAUACGCAAAGAGACAUAGGCUACCCUUGAAAGAGGGCCAUUUUGCGGGUGCUAAUGCAUUGGUGAAGAUUCUCGAAGUAUGUUACAAAAUAGGUAUUGAACAUGCUACUGUAUAUGCAUUUUCUUUGGAAAACUUCAAUAGGCCAAAGGAAGAGGUUGACACGCUAUUUGGUUUACUACGUGACAAGUUGAAAUUGAUCUCCGAGUAUGAAGAUUCAUAUGCAAGGUACAACAAGGUUUGUAUUAGGAUUGUUGGUAAUCGAAGUUACAUUCCAGAAGAUAUUCUUAAAGAUCUUGAGUUCAUUGAGGAAGUAACUAAAACAAGCUCAACAAAAAAGGUUCUCAAUGUUUGCUUCCCAUACACUGCUCGAGACGAAAUAACCUAUGCAAUAAAAUCAAUUGCUAAAAAAAGAGUUGCUGGAGAGUUGCAAAACCGCGACGAAAUUACCACUAAAACAAUUGAGUCAAACUUUUAUUUUGGUGACGAUGUUCCACCUUUAGAUAUUUUGAUUCGUACUAGUGGGCACACCAGAUUAAGCGAUUUCCUACUUUGGCAAUGUUCAACUGAUUGUACCAUUGAAUUUCCUGAAGCACUAUGGCCUGACUUUGGAUUUGUGAGCAUCGUGUCGAUUUUGUUCAAAUGGAGUUAUUACAAGACUUUGCAAAUAGAGGAGUUAAGAAUGCGCGGGAAAGAGCCUCAGAUUCAAGAUACCGUUGUUCCUGUGCUAUUAAAAGAAUUACCUCAACCUCCCCCAAUAGCCACAGUAUCUUGA